GCUAAACGCGGAAGUUAACGACACAGCAGUCAGACAACAUGAGGCAAAUGGCGAUGACGACAAAUUGUCAGGGAAUGGCUUCAAAAGCAUGAAAGAGUUAGAAAGAAAAGACAAACAGCGACCGCCGACUUCAUUUCUGUGUGUUUUAGUGGCGCAAUGGCGUCGGGUGAGGAAGAACUAUCUCGAACAAGAGAGGAGUACGAGCGAGAACAGCUGGAGGUUUGCUCGACUAACAUUUUCCUUCACAGUCAAGAUGGCCAGCAGCUGAUUGGGCGUCAAGAACGUCCCACUCAGCCUCAGGGUGGGAGCUCCACCUUGAAGCAGGAGGAUCUACAGUUUCCCAACAUUAAAAAGGAAGAGGAGGAACUCUGGAUUGCUCAGGAGGGAGGUGUGCCUGUGAAGACUGAAGACCAUGAAGAUGUCAGUGAAGAACAUCUUCAGCACAAGGAGCCUCAGCCCCCCCACAUCAAAAAGGAGGAGGAGAGACCAGAACCCAUCCAGAGUAAAGAGGAAGAAGAGGAUCACAGAAUCAGUCAAGAGGGAGAGCAUCUUGAAGGACAGGUGGAGUUUCCAGUGAUUGUUGUCCGUGUGAAGAGUGAAGAUGAUGAAGACAAAGGUCCAAGUGAGGAGAAAAGAGAAGUGGAGCCUCCGAGCAGCAGCUCAACUCAACACAUGACAAUAGAAGCUGAUGGAGACCACUGUGGAGGAUCACAAGCAGACAACCUCUUAGCUUUACUAUCAGGUAGUGACGACACAACGUCACACUCUCCUGACACUGAUGAUGAAGACUCUAAAGCUGAUCAGACAUGUCACACUGACGACACACACUUGAAAUGCUCUCAGUGUGAUCAAACUUUUGAGCACAUGAGAGCGCACACUGGAUAUAAACCAUACUUCUGCUCAGAGUGUGAUAAAACAUACUCUGAGAAGGUACAAUUGACAAUACACAAUAGGGAAAAACCUUUUACCUGUUCUCUAUGUGGUUUAGGUUUUGGACGAAAUCAGAAUUUGAAAAGACACAUGACAAUACACACUGGAGAAAAACCAUAUUCAUGUUCAAUCUGCAACAGAAGCUUUCGUAUCCAAAAAAACCUUGAAAGACACAUGAGAACACACACUGGUGAGAAACCAUUUUCCUGUUCAGUGUGUGGUACAGGUUUUGCACGAAAUGAUCAGUUGAAACAGCACAUGACAGGACACACCGAAGAGAAAUCACAUUCAUGUUCAAGCUGCAACAAACGCUUUUAUGAUAGAGCAAACCUUAAGAAACACAUGACAGUACACACUGGUGAGAAACCAUUUAUCUGUUCAGUGUGUGGUACAGGUUUUGCACGAAAUGGUCAUUUGAAACAACACAUGACAAUACACCCCGAAGAAGAAAAACCAUAUUCAUGUCCUAGUUGCAGCAAAAGCUUUCAUUACCGAACAAACCUUAAAAAACACAUGAGAAUACACACUGGUGAGAAACCCUUCUCCUGUUCAGUGUGUGGUACAGGUUUUGGUCGAAAUAGUCAUUUGAAACAACACAUGAGAAUACACACUGAAGAAAAACCAUAUUCAUGUUCUAACUGCAGCAAAUGCUUUCGGAACCAAACAAACCUUAAAAAACACAUGAGAAUACACACUGGAGAAAAACCAUAUUCAUGUUCAGUCUGCAACAGAAGCUUUCAUGACCAAUCCAACCUUAAAAAACACAUAAGAGUACACACUGGUGAGAAACCAUAUACCUGUUUGGUGUGUGGUACAGGUUUUGCACAACAAGGUCAUUUAAAAAGACACAUGACAAUACACACUGGAGACAAACCAUAUUCCUGUCCAAGCUGCAGCAAAGGCUAUUUAUACCAAACGAGCCUUGUGCGACACAUGAGAGUACACACUGGUGAGAAACCAUUUUCCUGUUCAGUGUGUGGUACAGGUUUUGGACAAAAUAGCGUUUUAAAAAGGCACAUGAGAAUACACACCAGAGAAAAACCUUAUUCGUGUUCUGUUGUGACUAUUUUGAGUUAAGUUUUUAAAACAGGCAGGGAAUUAUUUAGUUUUGGUUUACAUUAAAAGAGCUCUAGAAAUAUUUGUGGUGAAAAGAUAUGGGAAACCAGCUAAUGGUAGUUAUUUGAAAAAGAAGUGUGUUUUAUUUUGAAGCUGGUUAACAGGACGUGAACGCUGCAUGUGCUGUAUUUGAACUUGAUUGUAUUCAAGCACUGAUGAAGAAAGGUUUUCUCCUGCUCUGUAAGUUUCUAUAACCAUAAAUCAAUAAAUAUGAUUUUAUAGGAUUUUGGUCACAGCAUGAAACUGCCAUUCAUCACAAUGAGACCUUGGCCUACACACGCACAACUGACUUCAGUGGUGAAUGGAGGGUGCUUGAGCUCAUCCAGUUCCUGCUGAACAAAGUUGAAAGCAGAGAAAGAUCGCUGCUGCUCACCAGACCAGAGGACAAUAAAAAGGACACGCUCUCAAGCAAAGUCAUGUGGCAAGUUGACAUCCUUCACUGAAAACAGACCUAAAAAAAUGGGCCGUGCCCGAGGAAUUUAAUUUUCAUUCCACAGAUGGCCCGAGGCCAUACUUUGGACUCCCAUGCAGGUUUCAACAGGAAGGAGAAGUGUUGCCAGGCAACAUAGGAGUGAAUCCAAGCUCUGCCUUCUUGGGUCGGUCCCUUGUCAGGGGUUGGGCUUCAUUGUGGAGGGUUUUAUGCAGGUUUUUAUAAUUGACAUAUUUAAAUAAAAGAAAAUGAGGCACAUUUUCAGACAAGCAGCAUUUUAUCAGACAUUGAUGUUCCUCUCAGCUUGUUACAAUGUGUAUCAACAUGGCUGCACACAAAUGUGGAAGUCAUGAGGGAAUUUGGUGGUUUACACACAGCAGCUCAUCACUGUGUGACUUCUAUGAUUUGACAUUCUUUUAGCACAGACUGCAAAGGAAAAUGUUUAUUCUCUGUUGUGUGUCAACAUGUGUGCUGUCAAACUUGUCUUAUACGAGUAACUUUUACCACAAAGUGUACAGCUAAAAGGUUUCUCUCCCGUGUGCGUUAUCAUAUGUUUUACCAUGCUACUUUUGUCGUAAAAUCGUUUACCACAAGCUGAGCAACUAAAAGGCUUUUCUCCCGUGUGCGUUAUCAUGUGUGAUGCCAUGUUUGACUUUCGGGAGAAUCGUUCCCCACAAACUGAGCAUCUAAAGGGUUUUUCUCCGGUGUGCGUUCUCAUGUGCGACACCAUGUUUACCUUCACAGUGAAGCUUUUACCACAAACUGAACAACUAAAGGGUUUCUCUCCUGUGUGUGUUCUCAUGUGUUUAACCAUGCUACUGUUGUGGGAGAAUUGUUUACCACAAACUGAACAACAAAAGGGUUUUUCUCCGGUGUGUAUUCUCAUGUGUGACACAAUUGAAAACUUUUGAGCGAAUGUUAUGCCACAAACUGAGCAACUAAAGGGUUUCUCUCCAGUGUGCGUUCUCGUGUGUGCUGUCAGACUUGAUUUCUGAGUGAAACUUUUACCACACACUGAACAGAUGUAUGGUUUUUCUCCUGUGUGUAUUCUCAUGUGCAUUUUCAGAUUACUACGGUCAUUAAAUGUUUUGCAACAUUGAGAGCAUUUAAAGUGUGUGUUGUAAGUUUGACAUGUCUUAUCAGCUUUAGCGUCUUCAUCAUCAGUGUCAGGAGAGUGCGACGUUGUGUCGUCACUAUCUGAUAGUGGAGCUAAGAGGUU